AUUACCCACUGCGUUUGAUAAUUCGCACGUAUGUAUGUUUACGCGAAAUUAUUUAAUUUAACUAAAUAUAUAAGUGUGAUUAAAUAAUAUUUGUUGUGAAAACAAAAACUUGGAAAACUAAUCACUCGGACAAUAAUUAAGAAUGGUGGAUUCAGGGGGAGGUUGGUCUUCUAUUCAAGAUACAGAAUUUCCAAAUUUCCCAGCCGGCGACAGUUUUAAUUUAAAUGAUGUCACUGGUUUCGAUGAUCUUUUGAAAAAUUGUGAAAGCGAACUGAUGAAAAAUGAACAUCUCUUUGGUGACGAAACGUUUCUAUCAGACCUCAGCGAGCCGAUCGCUAUGGAAAAUGACCAGUUUAAUUUUCUUGACAUGAAUAUCGACAAUGAAUUGAAAGAUCCGAAUUUACUGAGUAAAUUAGUUGAGCCAAAUCUUGUUGUUAUGGCUCCUAAUUCUACACAACUUCCUCAACAACAACAACAACAACAACAACCACCAUCUCCGCCACAACCACUUGCGCAACCUCAACCUCAGCAGCAACAACAACAAAAACAACAGAAAAGACAAGCAAGUGUUCCUGAUGGACAAGUACCAAAUCAACCGAAGAAAUUAGCAACCCAUCCAGCAUCAGCACCAACUGUUUUUGCGUCUCAGUAUACACUUCCUCAGAACGUUAAUUUCACACUAAAAUCACCAGUCGUUACUCUGGCUCCUGUAAAUACAAAUCAGCGACAAUUAUUAUUACCAGCGAAGUUGAUAAAAUCAGAAGCUGUUGUAUAUCCAAGAGGUUCACAAGCUGUCACCUCAACUCCCGUACCUCAUCAAAUUCAUACUUUUGUUAAUACAGCCAAUGGAACCGUUCUAGCAACUGGUAUACCAGUAGUUUUAGACACUGAUAAAGUUCAGAUAAAUCGUAUGAACGCUGCACCAGCGGUUGGUGUUCCUAAAGUAAGAGAGGUCAAGAGAAGUGCGCAUAAUGCUAUUGAACGUCGAUAUAGAACGUCAAUAAAUGACAAGAUAAUUGAAUUAAAAAAUAUAACUGUCGGCGUUGACGCAAAACUCAACAAGUCAGCAAUAUUACGUAAAACAAUUGAUUACAUCAGGUUUUUACAAAACACAAAUGCUAAACUCAAGGCUGAAAAUAUGGCAAUGAAAAUGGCUGCUCAGCGACAAAAUCUACGGGAUCUAUUGUCUUGCGGGGAACUCACACCACCACGUUCAGAUUCAAGCGAACCUUCGCUGUCUCCCGCGCCAGCUCCCCUUUCACCAGCCUCGCCAUUGUCUAUCAAAGAAGAACCAGACAGUUUUCAACAAAAACCAUCUCAGCAUUCCGUCAAUGGACUCGGUGAUCAUACUCGUCUUACUCUCUGCGCUUUUCUUCUCAUUUUCGUUGCCUUCAAUCCUCUUAAAAUCGCAAUUAAUAACGUCGGGAGAUUCAAUAAUGACAAUACUGAAACAAAAUUCGAUAGCAGGACAAUUCUAACGCUCGAAGAUCAGAACGAACCUAGUUCAGUAAUAUGGAAUAGUAUUAUCUUGUGGUUUAUCAACGCGCUGUUAUUAGUUGGUGGUCUCUAUCGACUGCUUCUUCAUGGAGAUCCUGUUAUUCCAACGGAAAGUAAGACGUUUUUAGAGCUGCGCCGUUGGCGACAUCAAGCUGAAUUCAACAUGUCAAUUAAUGACAACGAAAAAGCGUACUCGGAUCUACGUCGGUGUCUCGGUUACUUCAAUCGGACUUUACCAAGUUCCAGAAUGGAAAUUGGCCUGACGACUUUAUGGCAAAUAAUCCGUCAAGUUCUUUACAGACUCUGGAUUGGCAAGUGGAUAUUGUACGCGGGUAAAUGGUUGUCACAAAGUUCUGAACGCCAGCAAACCGAAAUAUCAACAAUGGAGUUAGCGAUGGUCUAUCAGAGAAUUCUUUGCCUCCGUUUAUCAGAAGGAUCUAAUAACGCAACACUUUUUUUGGCUCUGUCUGCUGUUAAUUAUGCCGAAGCAGCCGGUGAUUGUAUUCCCAAAGUAUCACUUGCGGAAAUUUAUACCAACGCUGCGCUCUCUUUCAAACAAUCGAUAUUUUCAUUGAUUCAUAAAUAUUAUCUCAAUAAAGCAAGAUCUGUUCUUGUAACUUGUGUUGUACCGUCUAAAUUCAAGUGGAUCACCACCAAUGAAGGCGCUAAAUUUUUUACCUCACACAAGUGGCAGUACGGAGACUGUCCAGUUAGUGAAUUUACAUCGCAGAGUAUAAAAACAGACCCUCUGUCAUUUACCGCCCGGGCUUAUCGUGAAUAUUUGAUUGGCCAGUGUCUGAAACUUUUGACCGGGACCGCUGGAGACUCUCAUGCAUCGACAAUAUUAAAUCUUGCUGAAAAUAUCGUAGCCUCUGCUGAUGUCGAAACUGGAUUUCCAAGCAGCCAGAGCGUUAACGCACAAGAGCGUGAAGAUCCCAUUGGAUUAUGGUGGGGCGCAGUAUUUUGCGCAGCAGCUAAUUGGAGAUUGGGUAACGAGGAUUCAUCAGCUUGGACAAUUCUCGAGAGUAAAUUUCCAUAUGAAAAAAAUUACAAUGAAAACGAUGCGACAUCCAACGGCAGUCCACUGCCUUACGCGGUACUCUGCGUCCUUCAAGCCGCUAAACGACCCACUAGAUCUUCUAUUCGUCUUGUUGAUCAAGCAGGAAAAUAUCUACAGCAUUCAAUGGUUUAUUAUCAUUGCAAACAACAGUCUUCUCACAAUGUGCAGUUGGUGCAAUUGUGGCUCUGCGACUGGUUACUGGAAUUAAGAACAGUUUUGUGGCAAGAACUGGGUGGAGAAACAGGUCAGACAGCUGUCAGCACGUUCCUUGCUAGUUUCCAAGGUGAUUUAGCGCGUCUGAGACAACUAAGUCAAUAUAUUCCGUCCGUGUUACCCAGGAUAUUUUUGUACGAAGCGACGGUGCGAAUAAUGGCAGGAGCGACUCCUGUAAAAACUCAAUUACUUCUUGACCGCAGUUUGCAUCACCGGAACUCGCGCUCGUCAAUUAUUUGUGGGAAAGAUCGUUCUCAGGAAAAUGGCAAUGAACGCGAGCAUGCCGCAGCACUUUGUCUUGCUUGUCGGCAUCUUCCUGUUCUCUUACUGGCGUCUCCUGGUGAACGCGCGGGAAUGCUCGCUGAAGCUGCUAAAACUCUUGAGAGAAUCGGAGAUCGUAAAAAACUACAAGAGUGCUAUGAGCUCAUGCGUCAACUUGGCCCGGCUAUUUCUGCGAACUGAAAAUUAUUUCCAUGGUUACAUUGCGCUGUAAAUAAAACACCUGUCGCUUUAAUGUUAAAUUUAUAAUUGUUUCUAGAUGACAAUACCACAUCAAUAUCAUUUUUACUUAUGUAAAUUAUGUAGAUUUUAUUUAUCAAAUGUUAAAUAUUUUUUUUCUUUGCAAUCAUAUAUGUAAAUUUUUUUUUGUAAAUUUUUAAAUGUAUAAAGUUAUUAAAAUGAAUGAUAUUAUUUUUUUAA